AUGGCCAGUUCCAGCAUGAGAUCAGUUAAUUUAUUGGGUAAGCGAAAGCCGGAAGAUGGUUUGGAUACCAGACCCUUUUUUGUGAGGAAACAUAAGGAACUCUCCGAGGAGAAGGACACAACGAAAGAAUUUGCUGAGCAGAUCAAAGGAAGUGUUGAGUUGUUGGAGACAAAGUCUGAUCAAGCUAAUUUAUUACUCUCAGUGAAGGAGACUGUGGAAGAACUUGAUCAUCAAACUCCCCAUUUUGUUGAGGAAUCUGCCGUAAUAACAAACACUGCCGCAGUAAAAAACACCCUCUUUAUUGGCCAUCUCCCCUUCCAAACGGAAAUAUCAGUUCUAAUAUCAGAUAUCGUCGAGUUCUUCAAAAAUGUUGCAAAACUUGUUCGGGUUCAACUUGUUGUAACCCGCAAGGGCCAGAGGAGUAGGUGCUGUGGCUUUGUUGAGUUUGCUUCUUCUAACGAAGCAAAGAAGGCUCUGGAAAAGAACGGUGAAUAUCUGCAGGAUAGUGAGGUUUUACUUGAACUGCCUAAGAUAAAUCCAUACCCACCCAAGUACGAAGAAGACUACCUUGGACGCGAAAGCCCUCUGUUAGAAGAAUAUCAUUUGGAGACCGAACCUAAGAUGGACGGAUUAUGCAGACAAGAAGACCUUCUGAUAGAAGAAGACGAGACACCUCCCGAUUUUAUUGAGGAGGCUAAGCAUGUGGGCUAUGGCUUUGUUGAGUUUGCUUCUUCUAACGAAGCAAAGGAGGCACUGCAAAUGAUGAACGGCGAAUAUUUGCACGAGUGUAAAAUUUUUCUUGAUGUCGCUACGACAGCUCCAUACCCUCCACGACCCAAUUACGAAGACUACAUUCGACGAGAAAGCCUUCUGAUAGAAGAAGAUGAGACUGUGGAAGGACUUGACCAAACUCCUGAUUUUGUUGAGGCAGUUGCCGUAAGAAAAAAGACUCUCUUUAUUGCCCAACUCGCUUACAAAACUGAAAUAUCGCAUAUAAUCAAUUUCUUCAAAGAUGUUGGAGAAGUUGUUCAUGUUCGACUUAUUGUAAAUCGCAAGGGCAAGCAUGAAGGCUAUGGUUUUGUUGAGUUUGCUUCUGCUAACGAAUCAAAGAGGGCGCUGGAAAAGAAGAACGGUGAAUAUUUGCACGAUUGUAAGAUUUUUCUUGAUGUUGCUGCGACAGCUCCAUACCCUCCGCGACCCAUGUACGAAGACUACCUUCGACAAGAAAGCCGUCUGAUAAAAGAAGAUGAGGCAGUGGAAGGACUUGAUGAAAUUCCCCAUCUUGUUGAGGAAGUUGCUUUAAGAAAAAAGACUCUCUUUAUUGCCAAUCUCCCUUGCAAACCUGAAAUAUCAUAUAUCAUCAGAAAGUUCUUCAAACAUGAAGUUGUUCGUGUUCGACUUAUUGUAAACCACAGGGGUGAGCAUGUAGGCUGUGGCUUUGUUGAGUUUGCUUCUGCUAACGAAGCAAAGAAGGUGCUGGAAAAGAAGAAUGGUGAAUGCAAUCGUAAGAUUUUUAUUGAUGUGGUUAAGACACCUCCAUACCUUCUCCGACCCAAGUACAACCUUGCAGAGAAGCUUUGGUAA